CGUUCCGUCCCAACCACCGUCUCCAACUCUCUCAAAGUACCGCUGCUCAUGGCAGCAGAGCGCUUCUACGUCGGGGUGGAUGUGGGCACCGCCAGCGUCCGAGCCGCGCUGGUCACCAGGGACGGCCGGCUCAGGAGCACCGCGGAGGAGCCCAUCAGCAUCUGGGAGCCCCAGGCCGACCACUAUGUCCAGUCCUCCGCCGAGAUCUGGGACAAAUGCUGCACGGUGGUCAAGAAAGUUACUGACGGUGUGAAGAGGAGCCAGGUCCGGGGGAUCGGCUUUGAUGCCACCUGCUCUCUCGUGGUUUUGGACCAAAGCUUCCAGCCUGUGCCAGUCAGCCAGGAUGGUGACGCCCAAAGGAACGUGGUGAUGUGGAUGGACCAUCGCGCUGCAGAACAGGCCGCUCGCAUAACAAACACCGGCCACCGGGUCCUGAGCCGGGUGGGAGGGGUCAUGUCACCAGAGAUGCAACCCCCAAAGCUGCUGUGGCUCAAAGAGAAUCUGAAGGAACGCUGUUGGAACAAAGCCGCUCACUUUUUUGAUCUGCCAGAUUUCUUGUCUUGGAAGGCAACGGGCUCUUUGACGAGGUCUUUAUGUACUCUGGUGUGUAAGUGGACGUACUGCCCUCCAGAAGGAUGGGAUGCCAGCUUUUGGACGGGCAUUGGACUGGAGGACCUUCUGGAAAAUCACUUUUCCAAAAUAGGCUGUGUGUCGUGUUCUCCUGGAAGCCCGCUGGGAGACGGACUCACCCCGGAGGCAGCAGCAGAUUUGGGUUUGGACCCGGGAACUGCAGUUGGUGCUUCUCUCAUCGACGCUCAUGCUGGAGGUUUAGGUGUGAUAGGUGCCGAUGUGGCUGGUUUUCAGUUGCCCUGCGAGGACCGGCCGAUCACCUCACGCAUGGCGAUGAUCUGUGGAACGUCAACUUGCCACAUGGCGAUCAGCGAGCAGCCUCUGUUCGUACCAGGAGUGUGGGGACCCUGCCUGUCGGCCAUGGUGCCCGACAUGUGGCUCAACGAGGGCGGGCAGAGCGCUACAGGAAGGCUGAUCGACCACGUGGUGAAAGGCCACGCCGCCUACGACCAGCUCCAGGAACAGGCCCGGCAGAGAUUGCCUUUUACAGGCGAGAACAUCUACAGCUACCUGAACAGCCACCUGACUUCCAUGGCUGACUCCCAGUCUGCCGUCGAUCUGCUGGGAUCCAGUCUUCACGUUUGGCCGGACUUCCACGGAAACAGGUCGCCGCUGGCAGAUCCCACUUUGAAGGGCAUGGUGAUCGGACUGUCUCUGUCCCAGACCCUGGAUGACUUGGCUCUGCUCUAUUUGGCCACGAUUCAAGCCCUCGCCCUCGGUACGCUCCACAUUCUGGAGGCCAUGAAAGAAGCAGGACAUGACAUCAGAACCCUCUUCCUGUGCGGAGGGCUGAGCAAAAACUCGCUGUUUGUGCAGAUUCACGCCAACGCUACAGGGUUGCCUGUAGUGCUGCCAGACCAGAUGGAGGCUGUGUUAGUGGGAGCAGCGGUCCUGGGCGCCUGUGCAUCACAGGACUACGGCAAUAUAGAGGAGGCGAUGGGGAAAAUGGCAAAAGUGGGGAAAGUUGUUCAGCCUGACCGCGAAGUCCAGAGCUUCUACGAGAGAAAGUACAAAGUGUUCCUGCAGCUGGUCUCCCACCAGAGGGAGUACCAGGCCCUCAUGAAGCACAGAUGACGGAGGCGGUGGGAGGAGGCCGAGCUGGAAGAAGUGACUCUCUGUGACGUAACGGUGAAGAUGCUGGAAAUGAGAGCAGACGUCUUCACCUGUGCUGCUUGUCUGGACACGAAUCAUGUUCCAGAUGUGUGUUUUUUUUUAAUUAAUUCUCUCAACAACCCAAAGGAAAACAGUCUUCUGAUUUUGAGCUACCUGUCAGAGGGUUGGUUCUACAUAUAUUGUUUAGAUCAAAUCAACAGGAUUUUAGAUGACUGUGGAUGAGACCUGUUGGUUGCUUCACGCUGAGCAGCAGCUGACAGCGUUUGACUCGCCAGUGGCUCCGGAGUCAAACGCCAUCAUGCACCGUCAUCUUCGAAUGCAUUCCCAAUAAAUAUUUCAAACGAUAAAA